AUGCUCUGGUCAUUAUCACUGUUGGCUGCUGGCGCUGCUGCCAAAAUUCUGUACGCAGGUGUUAACGAAUCCGGAGGAGAGUUUGGUACUUGGAGUAAUGAUGCCAUCCCAACUACCGGUUUACCUGGAAGAUUUGGCGUGGACUACGCGUUCAUCAACAAGGUUGUCUACCGUAGAUAUUUUGUUGAGAAAGACAAGAUAAACACAUUCCGUGUGGCCUUCUUAUUGUACUUCGGCUACUUCAAAGAAGCAAUCGACUACAUUACCAUUACUAAGGGAGCAUAUGCCAUCCUCGAUCCACACAACUACAUGCGAUACAAUAAUCCUUCCCAGCAACCGACGACUGGAAGUAUUAUUGGGGACAGUUCGGACAUCAAGGCCGCAACAACGGCUCAGUUCCAAGCUUUCUGGAACCAGCUCGCAAACCGCUUCAAGUCCAACGAGAAAGUCAUCCAGACUCAGUUUGGUAUCAUGAACGAGCCCCAUGACAUGCCUACCUCUCUCGUGUUUGCCAACAAUCAAGCCGCCAUCAACGGCAUCCGUGCGACAGGCGCAAAGCAGCUGAUCCUUGCUCCUGGGAACGACUGGACAGGGGGACACUCGUGGACUGGCCAUGUCAACGCAUCGUCCGAAUAUAUGUACAAGCUGAACGACCCGGCGAAGAACCUUGCGAUCGAGGUGCACGAGUAUCUUGACUCGGACUACUCUGGGACACACGCGGAGUGCACUCAGCCCGGGCCAUCUAAUCUUGCCGCCCUUACCGCCUGGCUUAAAAAAUACGGCCUAAAAGCAAUUGUCGGAGAGACUGGAGGAGGCCAGAACGCCAACUGCUAUGCACAGAUUAAAGAAAUGCUCAACUAUCUUGCUGCCAAUGACGAAUACAUUGGCUGGACAGGAUGGGCUGCCGGACCACUCUGGGGCACCUUCCGGUCCUGCUGUGGAGAUGAUUCUGGCAAUCUUGAGCCGGGCACCAAAGCUGGUAAUGGAUCAAUUCCUGGUGGGUAUGAGACAACCUGGGCCAAUGGAUUCCGGCCAAGCAUCCCGAAGACACUAAAGCGCAGUGGGAUCUCGAGUUGGAAUUAA